GGGCCAGGCGGCGGGAGGGAUCAUCUUCCGGGAGCGUGGCUAGGGGCGGAGCGAUUGCCGCGCGAUAGUCAGGGAGCUGUGCGGGUCCUGGUUGCAAGAGAGUCUAUUUGCCAGCCAACCCCAGCCCGGGAGGGGAUCAGGGCCACCAGGUUGCUGGUAAGGAUGAAAGACUGAGUGUGUUAAGACUGUUAAAGUGAGCCUGUGUAAGAGAAGGAAGGAUUUUGUGGAUUGCUACAUUGUGAGUGUGGGGUGAGUCCCAGAACCUCGCUAUGUCGGGGAAACGGAAGCGUGUGGUGUUGACUAUUAAAGAUAAGCUUGAUAUAAUAAAGAAACUUGAAGACGGAGGUUCUUCCAAACAACUGGCAGUGAUUUAUGGAAUUGGUGAAACAACAGUUCGGGAUAUAAGAAAAAAUAAGGAAAAGAUUAUAACUUAUGCAAGCAGUUCUGAUUCCACAAGUCUUUUGGCCAAGAGGAAAUCUAUGAAGCCAUCCAUGUAUGAGGAGUUGGACAGGGCAAUGCUGGAAUGGUUCAACCAGCAAAGAGCAAAAGGGAAUCCCAUAUCUGGACCAAUUUGUGCAAAAAGGGCAGAGUUCUUCUUUUAUGCUUUGGGAAUGGAUGGUGAUUUUAACCCCUCUGCCGGUUGGCUAACUCGUUUUAAGCAGCGGCACAGCAUUAGAGAGAUUAACAUUAGAAAUGAAAGAUUAAAUGGAGAUGAGACUGCGGUGGAAGAUUUUUGUAAUAACUUUCGAGAUUUUAUUGAACGAGAGAAUUUACAGCCUGAACAAAUCUACAAUGCAGAUGAAACUGGACUCUUUUGGAAGUGCUUGCCUUCUAGGAUUUCAGUAAUCAAAGGUAAAUGCACUGUCCCUGGGCACAAAUCAAUUGAAGAAAGAGUCACAAUCAUGUGUUGUGCCAAUGCAACAGGUUUACACAAACUUAAACUUUGUGUUGUGGGGAAAGCAAAGAAACCUCGCUCCUUUAAAUCAACGGACACCUUAAACCUGCCAGUCUCUUAUUUCAGCCAAAAAGGUGCAUGGAUGGAUCUUUCCAUUUUCCGACAAUGGUUUGAUAAAAUUUUUGUGCCGCAAGUUCGAGAGUAUUUAAGAUCUAAAGGCUUGCAGGAAAAGGCUGUGCUCUUGUUGGAUAAUUCACCAACACAUCCAAAUGAAAAUGUCCUAAGGUCAGAUGAUGGCCAAAUAUUUGCUAAAUAUUUACCACCUAAUGUGGCCUCAUUGAUUCAGCCUUCAGAUCAGGGAGUCAUAGCAACGAUGAAGAGAAAUUAUCGUGCAGGUCUUCUCCAGAACAACUUGGAAGAAGGUAAUGACCUGAAAUCAUUCUGGAAGAAGCUGACUCUGUUGGAUGCACUUUAUGAAAUAGCAAUGGCAUGGAACUUAGUAAAACCAGUUACCAUUAGCAGAGCAUGGAAGAAGAUUCUUCCUAUGGUAGAGGAGAAAGAGAGCCUGGACUUUGAUGUUGAAGAUAUUUCUGUGGCUACUGUGGCUACCAUUUUACAACACACCAAAGGAUUGGAAAAUGUGACUACUGAGAACCUUGAAAAAUGGCUUGAAGUAGACAGUACUGAACCAGGCUAUGAAGUGUUAACUGAUAGCGAAAUCAUCAGAAGAGCACAAGGCCAGGCAGAUGAAUCCAGUGAAAAUGAGGAGGAGGAAAUAGAACUAAUUCCAGAAAAACAUAUUAAUCAUGCAGCUGCUCUCCAGUGGACUGAAAAUUUAUUGGAUUAUCUAGAACAACAAGGUGAUAUGAUUCUACCUGAUAGACUGGUAAUACGUAAACUUCGAGCCACCAUCAGAAAUAAACAGAAGAUGACAAAGUCAAGUCAAUAAUGUCAUUUCAAUUUUAUUGUUCUGCUCAUUGUGUUUGUGACAAACUCUUUGCAAUAUGGCUUAAUUUUCUUUGUGUUCUGAAUUCUCAGACUUGGUCCUGUGAAAUACAGGCACAAAAUGUAUCUGAAGUGGUUUGAGGAUUGUGUGUUUUCAUCAUCUGUGUCUUUUGUCCUUUUAUUUGUACAGAUAAUCAGAAGAUGAUACUGAAUAGAUAUAAAUUACAUGUACACAUGUAUUCACUUUUUAGAAUCUGCAAUUAUACCUUCUGUAACAGUGGCAUUCCCUAAAUUUUCUAGUGAAAGUUAGAGAUAACUGAACAGACUGAAGCACUUUUCUGAAAUCUUUUGGUUGAUUUAUGAAGGCUGCCAUAGUUAUCUUUUCUUGUGUUAACCAUCUUAAAUGAUGUUUUGUAUAUUUUAAUAGACUGAUAGGAUGAGAAAGAUUUAUUAGAUUUCAGGAUGAUUUAUAAUAAUUCAAAAAUGAAAUUCAAUAAUGGGGAAAUAAUUAUGAAUUAUAGAAAUUAUUUAGAAAUCAUGCCUCCGUUCUCUUACAUUUGUGUGGGUUGCAAGAGGGGGAGAUUAUUCUGGAAAUGAAGUAAAUAUGGGAAGUUAUUGCCAAAUGAGAGAGAAACUAUGGGAAAGCUGAUCUAUAAAGAGGCAUUCUGAUCAAUUCAUUUGUAGGAAACUGGGAAAUAAAAACCUGGGGAACUUUAGGUUAUUUAUACAAAGGGAAUAAAUAGGCUGAUUUUAAUUUGGUAAGUUGAUCUUUUUAUUAUGAAUUUGGUAAUAGUAUAGGUUUAUUAUUUAUUCAUCUAAUUUUAUAGUACAGGUUUUGUAAUGUUACAUGUGAUGAUAUGAGCUCCCACCUUAUAUGGGGGAACAUCUUGGGAAUUUGAGAUUUAAUAAUUUUUUUUUUUUUUAGUGUUUUUACUGCAUACUCACAAAUGUUGUCUAUAAUUUGAAAAAUAUUGUCAUAUCUGGCCCUUUGAUGAGAAAAGGAAAUUACAAUAAUAAAGUUUUAUGAUUUUAAAUAAGUCAUAUGUUUGUAUCCUGUUUUAUGAAGAAAGCAGAGAUAAUUACUGAAAGUGCCAGACACUAAUGAAUAUUAUUGUUUAUUAUUUUAAUACAUAUAAAAGGGGUUAAUCUGCUAAAAUGUAAUCUAAAUCAGAAUUUUGAUAAAUUUUUUUUGUAAACUAAGUAUGUUUAUUCAAGACAUUGAAACUACUUUGCACAUAUGAAUAUUAAUGUAACUUGUAAUUUAAAAGUAAAGUGUUUCCAUGCUAUUUCAUGUUUUGGCCAAAAAUUUUUAAAAAAUAAAUUACAGUUGUUCUCUAUUA